AUGAACAAGUUUGAGAAGGAGUUCAUGAUCUACCCGGAAUAUACGGAUACUGAUGACGUUAAGGCAAUCCAGGGUUUUACAGAAAUUUUAAGGAAAUCACUAGAAUUGUCAGUUGAUCAUAGGGAACUUGAGAAGCACGGAUCGCUGACAGAUCCAGUGAAGGCCGCAAUUCAAGACAGUGCAGUAUACUCGGCUUUUAUACCUGCUUCCUAUGAAGGUUUAGGAUUAGGAUAUAAAGAUAGAAUGAAAAUUUUUGAG